UGUGAGUGAGGAGCAGGCGGCGCCGCUCGCCACGCUGCUGCUGCCGCCGCCGCUGCUGCUUCCCGGACUGCCACAGCUCCGCCAGCCCUCAGGGAAGCCGCCGCUGCCGGGACCGAACAGCUCCGUGCGGGUGCCCCUGUCUUGCUCACGGCGGUGGAUCAGCACGUACCGAGCUGCAAGCUCACGAGGCAGCCGUGGCGGGUGGAAGGUGACCCCCCCCAUCUUCCUCCGUGCACCUCCGCCUCCUCCCGGAGGAGGAGCAGCAGCAAGCGGAGAGCUAGAGAGCGCAGGGAAACAGAAGCGGCUAGAAAGCGACCCCCACCCAGCCAACCCCCCGGAGGAGCAGUGGAAUCGUUUCCCACCCCACCAGGGCAGCAGCGGCAGGAUCACAGGUAGAAGCAGCCAUCUCCGGCAGCAGGAGCGAACUAAAAGCAGACGAUCCCCCUUGCUGAAAGGGGCAACAGGAUCAGGUACGGAGAGCCACCCCCCCGCCCCUGCAGCUCGGGGGGGAAGACUGAGCCAGCCCCUACCCCCGCGGCAGCGGCAGCAGCUCCCCAGCCAGCAGCACCAUGUCCGCCGCGCAGGUGUCCUCGUCGCGGAGGCAGUCAUGCUACCUAUGCGAUCUGCCCCGCAUGCCCUGGGCCAUGAUCUGGGACUUCACGGAGCCCGUCUGCCGGGGCUGCGUUAAUUAUGAGGGCGCCGACCGCAUCGAGUUCGUUAUCGAGACGGCCCGGCAGUUGAAGCGGGCGCACGGCUGCUUCCAGGACGGUCGCUCCCCGGGCCCCCCGCCGCCGGUCGGCGUAAAGGCAGUGACGCUGUCCGCCAAAGAAGCGGCGGCGGCGGCGGCCCAGCAGCAGCUCAACCAUGUGGAUGCCACAUCCAAGGCGGCCUCGGCGGGGCUGACCCAGUCCAGCCUGGACCGCUACGGGCUCAGCGCCGCCGCGGCGGAGCAGCGCAGCCGCUUCGAGUACCCGCCGCCGCCGGGCAGCCUGGGCAGCAGCCAUGGCGCCCGCCUGCCCAACGGACUGGGGGGCCCCAAUGGCUUCCCCAAGCAGCCUGAGGACGGGCCACCGGAGCUGAACCGGCAAAGCCCCAACUCCUCCUCCUCCUCUUCCUCCUCCCGUCGCGGGACGCACGGGGGGCUCGUGUCUGGCCUGCCCCCGGGGGCCGCCGGCGCUCAGAUGAACGUGCCCCCCAACCUGCUGCCGCAGACGCUGCUGAACGGCCCCGCUGCCUCCGGCGUGGCGCUGCCUCCGCCGCACGGGGGCCUGAGCGGCCGCGGCGCCGGGGGUCCCCCCGCUCCCUCCGCCUCUUCCCAAGGGGGCACCUGCGGCGGCGGUGCCGGGGGAGGCGGCAGCUCGUCCUCCGAGGCCUGCGGCAAGCGGCCGGGCUCGGUAUCCAGCAGUGACCAAGAGCGGGAGCUGAAGGAGAAGCAGCGCAACGCGGAGGCGCUGGCCGAGCUUAGCGAGAGUUUGCGGAAUCGCGCCGAGGAGUGGGCCAGCAAGCCCAAGAUCGUGAGGGACACGCUGCUCACUCUGGCCGGCUGCACCCCCUACGAGGUGCGCUUCAAGAAGGAUCACGCCCUGUUGGGCCGCGUCUUUGCCUUCGACGCCGUCUCCAAGCCGGGCAUGGACUAUGAGCUGAAGCUCUUCAUCGAGUACCCUAGCGGCUCCGGCACCGUCUUCUCCAGCGCCUCCGGCGUGGCCAAGCAGAUGUACCAGGACUGUAUGAAGGACUUCGGCCGCGGCCUCUCCUCGGGCUUCAAGUACCUGGAGUACGAGAAGAAGCACGGUUCUGGCGACUGGCGGCUCCUGGGGGACCUGCUGCCCGAGUCUGUGCGCUUCUUCAAGGAGCUGGUGGGCGCCGACAUGCUGCCGCAGCCCUACCUGGACGCCAGCUGCCCCAUGCUGCCCACGGCGCUGGUGAGUCUCCCGCGGCCGGGGGCCGGGGCCGGCGGGGCGCAGGGCACGGCCGCCGCCUCUAGGGGACCUGGCGGUGGCGGAGGCGGCGGCGGCGGCGGGGCGAUGCGCAAGAGGAAAGCCUCUCCUGAACCCUCGGACUCGGCCGAGGGGGCUCUGAAGCUCAGCGACGAGCAGCAGCGGCAGCAGUGGAUGGCCAGCCAGAGCGAAGCGCUCAAGCUCACCAUGUCGGCCGGGGGCUUCGGGGCGGUGCAUGGCGGGGGCCCCCCGCCGCCGCCGCCCCUCGGGCCUCACUCCAACCGGACCACGCCACCCGAGUCCGCCCCCCAGAACGGACAGUCCCCCAUGGCCGCGCUCAUGUCGGUGGCCGACACGCUGGGCAAUGCCCACUCGCCCAAGGACGGCAGCUCGGUGCACUCCACCACGUCCACCCGCAGGAACAGCAGCAGCCCCGUGUCGCCGGCUUCGGUGCCGGGUCAGCGCCGUCUGGCCUCCCGCAACGGGGACAUGAACCUGCAAGUGGCCCCUCCUCCCCCCAGCACCCACCCCGCCAUGGACCAAGUGCACCCCCAAAACAUUCCGGACUCCCCCAUGGCCAACAGUGGGCCCCUGUGCUGCACCAUUUGCCACGAACGCUUGGAGGACACCCACUUUGUUCAGUGCCCCUCUGUGCCCAGCCACAAGUUCUGCUUCCCUUGUUCCAGAGAAAGCAUCAAGGCCCAAGGGGCGACUGGUGAAGUCUACUGCCCCAGUGGAGAGAAAUGCCCCCUAGUCGGUUCCAAUGUGCCUUGGGCAUUUAUGCAGGGCGAGAUCGCGACCAUUUUAGCUGGGGACGUUAAAGUGAAAAAGGAGAGAGACCCUUGAGUAAGAAAUCCAAUCCCUUCAGACUCCUGAAGAUGUAGAAUUGUGAAUAUAACAAACUGCAAAAGUUAGUCUUAUGUAUAGACAUUAUUUUCGUCGUAUGUUUCUAUAUUUUGAAACAAAGGUAUGUACUCUUCUUCAUUUGAAGGAUAGAGCUGGUUUUUGUUAAACAGAAUAUAAUAUUGUUUGGUUACUACAUAAUACCUGUUCUCAUUUCUUUGGCAGUGUGUUGGCUAGGUACAAAGUUAAUAGCCCUUAGCGAUUACCUGCUGCUGGUGUGUAUUUUUGUAAAUGUAUGCACUUCUCUGAAAGAAGAAGAAAAACGCAAAAGACAAAAAAAAAAUUUUUGCCAAGGCCAGUGUUGAUGCCUAAAAAAUUGCUACAAAAAUGGUGACAGCUUACGUUUUACAAGCCCUGAGUGUUAGUCUUUCACCUUUUUUUUUCAUUUCUGUUUUUUUGUUGCAAAACGGUGGGGUGGCUGUGGGGGGAGGGUGUUUUUUUGUUGCAAGUUUGUAAGGAAAAUGUUUCAGUUUGUUUCUAUUGAUCUGAACGUUUUUUAAUCUUCAUGUGUUUUUUGUUUUUGCUUUUAUUGAUGCACGGAUGCUUUUGAACAGUAGAGCAAAAUGCUGUACAUGAGAAACAUGCUCUGUUUGUCCUUUAUACAUUUCUGUAGUUAACAGAACACUGUAAUGUGCCUUGGAGCUUAGUAAAUUGUAAUAAAUUCAAUUGAUAUUAAUA